UACAACAGCGCUGAGAGCAAACGCGCGAUCUUUCUCUUUCAGACCAAACGCUGCGGGCUACACGCCGGGGAUUGCGGGAAAUAUUACAUUUCUACCGGACAAUAAGAGUUUCCUUUAACGGAUUCCAGAGUUUGGACUCAAAUCGGAGGCUGCGUCGCGCGCCGCGCACCAAACAAACGAACGUGCCUUUUUGUCCACGCGCUCAGAUGCGUGUUCAUUCCACUGGCGCAGCACUGAAUAACUAUUGUAGCGGUAGGAGAUUUAUAAGGCAAGUGUUUCCAGCCCAGACAGACACGUUUUCAUAAGGCACAGCUGGUUGCGCUGGCGUGGACUGUUUUUGCCAUCAUUUGUUAGACAUAAGGCAGUUUAUUCCCGUUUAUUGCAAACGACUUCUUGGAUACUGGAUGGCUGUCCGAAGGGGAAUACAACGGAUGCAGGACCAAGCCGGGAAUGCCAGUUGUUCACGAGCAGCAUAAACGAGCUUUGUUGCGCGGUGUUUUUACCCGGGGACAGGUGUCGUUGUGUAUGUUGGGGCGGGGGGUUAGUUGUUGGGGGUUCGGACACAGUUGUCUUAAGGAUGUCAGAUCAGGGAUCAGAUCUGCACAUAGACAGGUGCGAUAGAGAGGAGUAGAUUUCACGCGGACCCCUCCUCUCUUCUCCUCUCAGUCAUUCUGGAUUAUAGUCCCGAGGAGGCGAGUCAUUCACAGAGAACCGGGCUCAACGUUUCCCGCGGCUGUUAUCGCCUCUGUCUCUUUCUCACCCCUUCUGUGAGAGUUCACCGCUGGUGGAGCUGUGUGAAGCUGAGGAGAGUUCAGACCUCAACCUGGAGGAGCUUCACUCAUGCCGGAGAUCCUCUACCAUGACGACUGUGGCCAGAUCUUUCAUCGGGAUCUUCUGGCUCCUGCGGUUGGUGUGUGCGGUCUUCCCUGAGGAACCGGGACCUCUGAACUUUAUCCCCACUGAAGUGGUGAGAAGGUAUCCUGUGUUUCUUGGACGACCCCAUCACUCAUCACUCAGACAGGAGCCCUUACACAUUCAGAGGAUCCUGCAGGUCAAUCGUACCCUUUACAUCGGAGCCAGAGAUGACCUUUUCCGAGUGGAGCUGGACAACGUGGUGGGAGAAGAGAUGUUUUACAGCAAGAAAAGGACAUGGGAAUCCAACAAAAAUGACAUCAGAAUUUGCAGAAUGAAAGGAAAACAUGAGGACGAGUGCCGUAACUACAUGAAGGUUCUGCUCAGCCGGCAGGGUGGAUUGUUUAUCUGCGGAACCAACGCCUUCAAUCCGUUAUGUGCCAAUUAUAAAGGAGACACUCUUGAGAUGGUGGGGGAAACUGUCAGUGGGAUGGCUAGAUGCCCAUAUGACCCGAAACAUGCCAACGUGGCCCUGUUUGCUGAGGGGAAUCUUUACACUGCCACAGUGACUGAUUUUCUGGCCAUCGAUGCUGUGAUCUACAGGAGUCUGGGGGACAAUCCUGCUCUGCGAACGGUGAAACAUGACUCCAAAUGGUUUCGAGAGCCGUACUUUGUGAGUGCUGUGGAAUGGGGGCCGCAUGUCUACUUCUUUUUCAGAGAGAUGGCCAUGGAGUUCAACUACCUGGAGAAGGUGGUUGUCUCUCGUGUGGCACGCGUGUGCAAAGCCGAUCAAGGUGGUUCACAACGUGUGCUGGAAAAGCAGUGGACGUCCUUCCUGAAAGCUCGGCUGAACUGCUCAAUCCCAGGAGACUCGCACUUUUACUUCAACCUCCUGCAUUCCACCAGUCCCAUCAUCCGCAUGCACGGCAGGGAUAUCAUCCUCACCGUCUUCUCCACACCCUCCAACAGUAUUCCUGGCUCUGCAGUGUGUGCUUUCGACAUGGAGCAGCUGGCCGGAGUGUUUGAUGGAAGAUUUAAAGAGCAGAAAUCGCCCGAGUCGAUAUGGACACCUGUUCCAGAUGAGGUUGUGCCCAAACCGAGGCCGGGUGGUUGUGCCGUACAAGGCUCCAAGUUCAAUUCCUCCAAUUCUUUCCCUGAUGACAUGUUAACUUUUGUCAAGACCCAUCCGCUGAUGGAUGAAGCCGUCCCAUCACUUGGUCAGAGACCAUGGAUUGUUAGAACCAUGGUCAGAUACCAGCUCAACAAAAUGGUGGUAGACACAAAUGCUGGUCCUUAUGGCAACCAGACAGUCCUCUUUCUGGGUUCCAGCCGAGGGACCAUCCUUAAAUUCCUCGUCACCCCCAACAGGGAUAACACAGUGACCAGCAACAACGUGUUCCUCGAGGAACUGGAAGGCUACAACCCAGACAGGUGUGGGACGGACUCUCCUCAGGCCAGGCAGCUGCUUUCUCUCACGCUGGACCGCAUCAGUCACAGCCUCCUACUGGCUUUCCCUUCUUGCGUGAUCAAAGUGCCUGUAGUACGCUGUCAACUCUAUUCCCGCUGCAUGAAGAACUGCAUCGCCUCACGGGAUCCCUACUGCGGCUGGACCAGAGGAAGCACCUGCUCUUUCCUCCGUGCGGGUACAAGGCUUCCCUUUGAGCAAGACGUCGAGCACGGAAACACUUCUCACUUGGGUGACUGUGACGGUCUUCUGCAGGAGAGUUUCAUCGAGGAACCAGAUGGCUUGGUGUCCGUGAACUUGCUGGUGGUGUCAGCGGUUUCAGCGUUUGCCACUGGGGCGGCUUUGUCUGGUCUGAUGGUGUGUUGGAUAAUGAGCCUCAAGCACCGCCAGCACUCCAGAGCCAGUGGAUCUGGCAUGGGGAGUCGUCGCAAGAGUGACAAGGAGCAGAGCAUGCUGGGACACGGCCACAGCGGUUCCGUGAUCAGCGUGACGCGUAUCAGCGGCAGCGAACGACCCCACUCGCAGGUUGAAAAUAUGUUCACCAACGGCUGGCCAAAAUCUGUAGAUAUCGACCCAGGACUUCCCACUCCAGAACAGACACCUCUGCAGCAGAAACGUCCCACUCCUAAUGUCCAUCUCACAGACUGCGAUUGGGACCAGAGCCAUACUUUCCUCACCCAGACAGGGAUACCCUGCCCGGCGAACUCAGCAGUCAUUUACUUGAGCUCCAAAUACCUGCAAGGUGGGCGGCAAGAGGGAUCAGGUGAUGUUCCUCCUCAUUCGGAGCGCCAGCGGUACCUCAUCCUCUCCCAUCCGCCAAAUCAGCGGGAGCAGAGCGGGCGACCGUCCGCCCCACCUACUCGCAACUCUGCUGGUGAAUACAACUAUCCGACAACGCCUCAGGACUCACCUGACCGCAGGAGGGUGGUUUCAGCUCCUACCACACAGUCGGACUAUGGAGAACAUCUGCGAUGGUCCCGCGAUGGACUCAACUUCAAUAGUAACAACGCGACUCCUUCUGGCCACCACCCGUAUCCCAUACAGCCACGCACUAAUGCUGCGUUAAUAAGGCCAGGUCACCACACUCAGCGAGGGCUCAAUGAGAUACAGGACUACAGCCACCUGCUGGUGAAAAGUAUAAGUGAGCGCAACCCAAAUGGCCAAUGAGUGGUCCAGGCCCGUUCACACCCCUCAGAGUCCCAUCACCCCCAAGACCCAGACUCCUUCUGUAAUCCUGCACUUCCUGUCCUCUCUCACUGCCAUCCAGUGUCUUUCAAGUCCCCCACCAGUGGCUGAGCUCUAGGACUACCGAGUGUGAGAGAACGAGAGCUUUAAUGGUUGAUGGUGUUAAAGCCGCUGUCCUCCCCUGCCUGUGGGGUGAUGCCACUUAGCACGUUAGCGGCUUCUAUCACACCCUGUCUAAUGAAGCGGAAGGAUCGCUUAGGAAUAACGGCUGCGUUGGGUGAUGGGAGGUGAAAUACAUAAUCAUAAUCCUGCGAACGGCUACGUUGACUGUUUAGCAUAGUGAAGCGGUUCCGGAUUGUCUCUCUGUGUAAUCUCAAGCCCUCUAAACCAUUCAGUGGAAGUGAUCUGUUUCGUUUUCACCUCUCUUGCUUUACAUUUGCGACUGCGGAUGCUUCUUUUGUGCAUCCUUUGCAGACAAGCUUAAACUUCCUUGUGUCUGUUUGUAUGUGUAUGUGAGCCGCGCCAAAACGGGGAUUAAAAUGUGCUUGCCGGCUAGACUUGAUGUGAAAGCAAAAUGGCCGACCAACACUGGAGUUUCAUAAGUGAUCUGAUGUCAAAUGACUGACUACCCCUCCCUCUCUUAACCUAUUAUGUGUCAGGAAGCAAUCAAGACAACUGCCAUGUGACUUUAAAGACUUGUGUGCUGGAAUAUCAGAUGUAAAUGGGUCAUGGAAAAGAGCGUUCGCCAAAAAUCAUGGAGGAAUCAACCCAUGCUUUCUGGACGGAGCAUUGGAAGCACUGUGGAAAUUACUUUAUAUUGCGUACAGGGACAUAUGUUGUUGGGUGGACCCAUUUAUUUUGUGGUGUAUCUUAAAAACCAAGAAAUUUUGUGCAUUUUUUAUCCCCUACACAUGCUAGAAUUAGAGCAGGGCAUUUGCAACACUUUCUCUUUCUUUCGCUCGGCCUGGCUUCGUUCUCUGCAAUCCAUUGAGUCGAAUGUGAGCUCAGUUGUCUGGGCCGAGUUGGGCCGCUAGGGAGCUGCAUUCAGAGUGUCUCACUGACACUGGGUGUCUUUGUGUGGCCCAGCCAGAGAAGACCAUCCUAACAACAAAUAACCGUUAAAGAGUCAUGGCCUAGCCAUCAGCCCAGCCCAGGAGAAUGUCAAUGAGGAGCCAGACAGAUCGGACCGCUCUGGGUUCCCCCUCACUGCCAGCCUUCACAAACCUCACAGAAUCAGAUGAAUACAAUGUUACAUUUAGAUGGAGAGCAAAAAAAUCAGACCCACUGGGCUCCCGAUGGCACUGUGCCUGCUUCAGCCAUUGUUCAGUUUCCUCUGGCUCUCUUUAGAUUGCUGUUUGUUUGUUUGUUUCAGGGUUGUAAACCCCACGGGAGGGAGAAAAGAAAUAGUGUACUAUUCAAUUCAUUCACCUCUCAGUGAACGACAUUAUCUCUGUUUUCUUCCCGUGAGGCAACGGUAAUUUAGUGUGUGCUAGUGUGUCCACUAGAGGGCGGUAAUGCACGUUGAGUUUUUUUUGUUUUGUUUUUUUUACUUAGUGCUCAAUUUACUCUUUUUGCAGUGUGAGAUGACACAUUUCUGGAGUAAUUACGUUGUAAAAAUGUUUUGAUUUUAAC